AUGUUAGGUUUAAGUUUGUCCACAAAAAACUUACGAUUUGAAAAAAUGAAUAGGAAACGGAAAUGAUAUUUUCAUUUUUGAAGCUAUUUCUAUACGAAUAAAAUAAAAAGGAAAAGGUCAGAAUGAUGCAAUAUGAGCUAUAUGAAUCAUGUGAAAGGAAAAUGUUUUGGUUUCUUUUGAAAAAUAGGAGGAAAUUGGAAAAUUAUCGAUUUUUCGAGUUUUGAUACGAGUUAUAGAUAGAUUUUUGAAAAUAAUAUACUUUUGAAAACUGAAAAUUUAUUCUCAAAUGUCAUACUUAGAAAUACUUAACAAUUUCAAAACGGAAAAAAUUGGAAUAGGGCUGAUUCACGAACGAAAAAAAUGUUAAAAAAUGUUUUUUUAACAUCGAAAGAUCAAUUCACGAAAAGUCAAAAAAUGUCGAAAAAACAUUGUAGGUCAAAAUUAGUUUUUCGAGUUUUUCAGCCAAAAAUGAUGACAAAUCGAUAUUUUCUAAGCUUCUGGAGUAAUUUCUGAGUAAAAUUGGCCUUGAAAUUCACUUUCCAGAAGGUUUUGUUGAUUUUUCGUAAAAUAAAAAAUUUUUGAAUUUUGAUGAAUUUCGAAAAAAAUCAUAAAAUAAAGCAAAAUAGGGUUCUCGAAGCUUAUUUUCAUCAGAAAUUGCUCCAGAAGCUUGAAAAUAUUGAUUUGUCAUCAUUUUUGGCUGAAAAACUCGAAAAACUAAUUUUGACCUACAAUGUUUUUUCGACAUUUUUUGACUUUUCGUGAAUUGAUCUUUCGAUGUUAAAAAAACAAUUUUUUACAUUUUUUUCGUUCGUGAAUCAGCCCUAAUAUUUAAGUUUUUAAAAGACGGAAAAAUGAAAGUUCCAUUAAAUGUUUCAAUUUGAAUCAAAAUGUUUACCUCGCUUGAAUGAGUAAGUAGACAAACACAAAAGAAUGAUAAGAAAAAAGGUCAAAAGACAAAGUUGUUGCGGAAAAUAAAUGAUUGUCUAAUUCAUCAUAGAAAAAGCACAACUGACAACAAUAGGCUAGAACGAGAAAAAAUGAGUGAAAUUUGAUAAGUCAACAAUUUAUUUUUUGAACGACAAAAAACAAUUCGGUAUUCGUGGAUUUUUCUGGCAGUCGAAAAGAGAUCAAAAUUAAUUGAACACUAAAUUUCUCGUUCCGAUUUUCUUCGAUAAAUUCAAAACAAUUUGUUCGCUAUUCAAAUAAGGCAAUUCGAUUAGAACACAGGCUCCUCCAGGCGGCGGUGUGAAAAAAAAAUGCCACGUACACAAAAUUUCGUUGUUUUUCACGUUUUUAUUUUGCAGUUUUUCAUCUUUUUAAAAACAAAGUUUGACGUCAAUUUUGAAACUUUUUGAAAAUUUUUUAAAACUAAGUUUGUAGAGGAAGAGAUUCUCUACAAGGUGAUAUAAAUUUUAUAUGGAAUUUCAAUGGUUAAACAUGAGUUUUUGAGGCGGAAAACUAUGAUAGUUUUCGAAAAUUUCGAGAAAAGUUUGAAAAUUUUUUACAAAAGUUUGAGAAUUUUUUUCAAAAAUCGGCUCGCAAUGAAUUGUUCAGCGCAUCAAGCUCUACAAAAUUCUAUAGAAUUUCUCAUACAUUCAAAGUAUCAUGAGAAUUCAUAUUGUUUUAUAUUAAUUAUUUUGAUAUUUCCUAAAGCUUCUACAAAAAAUGUAUUGAAGUUGAAUUAUCUGCUGACUUGCUCACUUGAUUCAGAAAGAAUAUUAUUCCACAUUCGAAUUCAAAAUGAUGCUAAAGUUGUAUUGCGAAAUAGUGCAAAUUUGACGAAAAAGAAAGAAAUUAGUCCAAAGUUGAAUAUUCCAUAUAAACUUGCAACAAUAACUACUGUUGUUUCUCACAAUUGCACCGAAGAUCAUUCUAUUAAUGAUGUUAGGUUUCAAUUUACCUGUGAAAAUCAGAAGUGAGUAAGGUUUCGAAAGGAAUACUAACAAAACUAAUUUUUGCAGUGAGUGUAAUCGAAGUGUAGUUUUCGAUUUGUUCAAGGGAGUUGCUAAAUGA